UUUUUUCAUUCCUUCAGCGUAUCUGUAUCUUGUCGCUUGUGGCGCGCUCGCACGUUGUUCGUUGUGUCGGUCAGUGCGCGUUUUUUUAGGCUCUGUUUAUUUCAUUUGCUCAACAUACACCACACAUACAGUUACAGCGAUACAUACACGGUAGUGAUUUGGCGGGCUAGUGUGCGUGUGAAUGUGUGUGAGAGCCUACAACAAAACAUAAUAAAUACAAAAAAGAAGCGAAACGAACGAAAAAGAAUUGGAGUGCGAUACAAAAACACAGUGUAAACUUAAACAACUAAUGCCAAAUAAACAAAUGCAAUUCUAAUACUAUAUUUAACCAAAAGCCGAGUGAAAACAGUACACACCAAAUAAAAAAAAGUUGCUGGAAAAGAUUUAAUUGUAAAAAACGAAAAGAAAAAAUUGUGUUUCGUUUGCUUGCUUGCGUUUGCGUGCGCGUGUGUGUAUGUGUGUUGUGUGUAUGUUUGUAUGCGAGUGAGAAGCACAACACAAAAAGGAAAGCAAAGCAGAAGCAGCAGAAAUACACAAAAAAAAAAAAAAAAAAAAUGUGCGCCUGGCAGCAGCCGCAGCAGAUGAUGUAAACUUUUUUUGUUGUAAGCAAAAGUUGUAAAGUUUGUGAAAAAGUUACCCAAAAAACACAAAAACAAAAACUAGAAACACUUGAGAGUGGAGACCGGAGAGCGGAGAGUUAAAGUCAACAGUCGAAGUUAAGUCGCGUAGAGUUUUUGAGUUUAUUGUUGUUGUGAGUGGAGAGUAUUUGGUGUGCUGAAGAAAAAAAAAAGCUUUCAAGAUGCCGGAAACCGAAUACGAGUACUGCACCAAAGAGUGGCUCCAAUCAGAGCUGAGAACCAGCUACGAUGCCAAGGAGCUGAUCAUACUCGACUGUCGCGGCUCUCAAGAGUACAGCGAGUCGCACAUUCGCAGCGCUGUUAACUUUAGCAUACCGAGCAUAAUGUUACGACGCUUUGCCGCAGGCAAGAUCGAUUUGGCCUCCACAAUCAAAUCGCCCGAGCUUAAGGUUCGCAUACAGAUGGGCUACAACGUCAGUCUCUUUAUACUCUACAACGAUGUCGGCGUCUCUGGCUACCAAUCGCAACAACAACAGCCUCAAGAUGUUGCCGGUGCAAUGUUUGGCAAUGGCAACGAUGCAACAAUCAAUGUGCUCCAUCGUCGACUCAAACAGGACGGAUGUCGCGUGGUGGCGCUGCAAGAUGGCUUCUCCAGUUUUCAUCAAGCAUUUCCGGAAUGGUGUGAGGACGACAACCAGGCGCACAGCAAAGAAAUGGAAUCUAGUCGCAACACACAGGCCGAUCAAUUGAUGGGUCUGAGAUCGCUACGCAUUUCCACGCCACAUUCCGAUUCGGCAUGUAGCAGCUCCGGCGAAUCCUCGGACUGCGAGAGCACCACACAUCAUCAUCAUCACCAUCAUCAUCAUAAUUUCAAUGAGGUGCCCGUUGAAAUAGUGCCCGGCCUGUUUCUGGGCAACGCCUCGCACAGCUGUGACUCGAAUGCUUUGCAAAAGUACAACAUUAAAUAUGUGCUGAAUGUGACACCCGAUUUGCCGAAUGAGUUUGAGCAGCUGGGCGUCAUAAAGUAUCUACAAAUACCCAUAACUGAUCACUAUUCCCAGGAUGUGGCCAUGCAUUUUCCAGCCGCCAUACAGUUUAUAGAGGAAGCUCGUCGUGCCAAUUCGGCAGUGCUGGUUCACUGCCUGGCGGGCGUGUCGCGCUCGGUGACGGUGACGCUCGCCUAUUUGAUGCACACCCGGGCGCUCAGUUUGAACGAUGCCUUCAUGCUGGUGCGGGCACGCAAACCGGACGUGUCGCCCAACUUCCAUUUCAUGCAUCAGCUGCAGUCCUUUGAGAGCCAAUUGCGUCUCAGUUCCUGCUCCGACGGUCAGGCCAUGGACGAGGGCGGCAGUCCAUCGGCGGCGUCAGUGGCCAGCUGCUCCUCGGCCACAACGUUGAGUGCCAAUCCCAGCCUAGUUGCUGCCGCCCGCUGCGGUCGCUCGGGCUCGAAAUUCUCAUGCAAUUGCAUUGCAGCCGACUGCAAGUGUAUGCAAACGGGCGGAUUUAUGGCCGCACAUUUGGCCAAGGCAACGGGCGUGUCACCGGAUUCGGGCAUUGAAUUCGAUCGCUGGACGCCAGCAUCGGAUACGGAACUCAAAUGAGAUCAGCUUGUGGGGAAGAGUUUUGUGCUGCCACCCAGUAGUAAUAGUAGUUGUAGUCAUCAUCAAUGUCAGGACUCGCCAACAACAAUAAUUGCGACCAGUUCGCCGCCGCCGGGCAAUGCGGACAACAUGUCGCCGGCUAGCACCACCAGCUCCUCCACGUCCACAACAACCACAGCCGAGGCUGUUUCGGUGGUUGAGCUGGUGCCAGUCAACGUCCUCGAGGAUGGCCGCAAGAGCAAGUGCGAAGAGCAGGGAUCGGCUUAAAUCCAGUCUAAUCACACAAAACAAACACAAAACAGAAAACAAAGCAAAACUCUUUUUCCUACUUUGGUUGUCCAACACAAACACAAACAAACACACACACACACGCAUACAUAUGAAGCAUAAAAAAUAAUCUAAAAUAACUAUAAAUAUAAGAUAUAAUUUCUAGUUAAGUCUAACGCAAGAAAAAAAUAAAAAUGAAUUAAGAAAUAGUCUCGCAGUAAUUUGCAAAUGGAAAAUAAUUCAAACACACACAACCACUAAAAGAAUAUAUGAAAUAUAUUUAUAUAUAAUAUAUCUACAUACAUAUACAAAUAUAUAUAUAUAUAUACAUAUACAGUAAUACCUUAUGUACAUGUUUGUAAUUAACUCCUAAGCCAAGUCAAAACAAGUUGAAUAUGAAGUAAUAUUAAUAUAAUAAAUGAAUAAUACAAAAAGAGAAAAUACACAAAACAGAAACAGAAUUAUGAAAUCGCGUUAUUUAUAAAGUUUAAACUUUACAAAACUGUUUUUAGGCGCAUAGUUUUUUUUUAAUUUUACUAAAUAAAUGUGUAAUUGUUAUAUACAAAAGAAACGAAAAACAAUUUGAUUAAGAAAACCAUUUAUAUAUAUAUAUUCUAUGAUAUAAAUAUAUGGAAAAGCCAAGUCAUAUAAAUGUAAAAAUGAUACACACAAAAGUUGAAGUUGCAAGCAGAUUAUUAAAUACUAAAAAUGCGAAAUAAACAACAAAACGAUGAAGCAGAUAUUUAUUAUUAUUUUGAGCAACGCAAAAAACAAAAAGAAGAUGAAAAUGUCAGAAACACGACCUCGGGGGACUGACGAAGAUUGGAGGCAGAGCAUAAAAGAGAAACUUAAAAUUGAAUAUAACUAAACAAAAAAAAGAAGCCUCAAGGCGCGCCUAAUUAACGGUUUGUUCGUCUUGUUUGUUUUUUUUCUUUUGCAAUAUUUACUUUUUGUCUAGCUAAUAAGAGUUUUAACGAAGACAAACAAAAAACAGAAACAAAUUGAAAAAUAUAUUCUAAAAAACGAACGUUGAAACGUGCAAAGAUUGAGAAGAUUAAGAUGAAGAAGAAAAAGGCAAGUCCUUGAUGAAUGUUGGUACAAAAAUUUAUCAGGUGUCGUCAUCACGAAUAACAAUGGUUCAUAAGGUGACCAUUCAAAAAGAAAACAAAAAUAAAUUAAUGAAAGAAAAUGUAAAAUACAAAGCAGAAAUAUUUCGAAAAAAAGGCUGUGCGCAAAAGAAAAUAUUAUAAAAAUGGGGAAGAAACAAACAUACAUUCAAUAGAAACGAAAUCUAUUGAAACGAACGAAAAUAAGUACCGAAAAGUUGAAGAUUAAAUUGUAGAACUAAAGUUCGGCAUGGCGUCGAGCUUGGCAAAGCAGAGACUUGGCUCGAAGAGACUAAGAACAUUUGACUUUGGAAGAUCAAGAGAUGGAUUAACAAAUCGGGAGUUUAACUUGAUAAUGUUUGUACAGAUUUUAUAGUGGAGGUGAAGAUGGAGGAGUCAGAUGACCAGAGUGCAGUACAGUCGAAAUACUUGUGAUGGUAAGUUCAGGAAUUUGACAUAGGUAACGCAUACGCCACGUAUGACGCGCUUGUUGUUAUCAACAGCUCUGCAAGUUUUUGUCAGCCGUCAACCGCGCUGAUAUAAUUUGUAUUUAAACUUGGUGUUAAAAAUAAACAAAUGAAUACCCAAUAAAACCAAAUUCAGAGUUUAUUACAAAUUUGUUAGAAAAAACAAGUUAAUAAUCUCGAUGUUAAGGAGCUCGUGUAAUAUUUGACAGCCCCCGAUCCAAACUUGUCUUAUUAAUGCUGGGUUUAUAAGCAAUUCCCAACUAACAGAUUCAUUGCAAGGUUUAUGACAAAACAGUCUGAUGUUUUUAAAUCACAAAAUGUGUGGACAACGUUUUUGAUAUUGAUAAAAACAAUUAAGAAAAACAAGGCAGCUAAAACGGAACGAGUUCCUUCAUUGUAAGCGCACACGAUUUGCCUAAAACCCUACGGAUUCUGAGCCCAAUGAAAUGCAAAUUUAAAUAAGUCAUUUAAAUGUUUGCAAUCAAAGCCAUUUAAUUGUUAAAUGCCUCAGUCAGUAAGAAACAAAAAAUAAUAAUGGCAAGAAUUAAAUAAACCUUAUAAAGUCCCUUCAUUGCGGAACAUACGAAUAUGAAUAAUUUGUGUGUUGACCAUUUUGAAAAAGUAAAAAUAAUUCACGAUUAUUAAACUUAAAUAACAAAAGAAUUAAUAAAUGUUUGCUGAUUAUUGUGCGCGAAACGAGUUGAAAAUUGAAGUGUAUGAAAAGGAAUUUGGAAAUUGAAAAUUGCAUUUUCCAUUCAGACAUUUUACAUGUGAAAAUAUACGGAAACGAAAUUAGCUGCUUGGCAGCGCAUUUGUUAUAAAGUCGCCCCACUGCAUUUUGGGGGCGUGGCAGCUGAGCGGGAGUGCGUUUUUAAACUUAAGUAACACACACACAAUUUUACAUAUUGUAUAUUGUAUAUCUGAGUGUUGAAUUUUUUCAUCAAUGUUUAGAAUUUUGCGACAGUGCCAACAUUUUAACGAAAAUUAAAAGUGAAAAAUAAAUAAAAAAAAAA